AUGGCUUCUCCGACAUCAACGCUUCAGCAAAAAAGCUGGAAAAAUGGCCCAUAUUUGAUAUCAACAAAUUCAUCCAUGAUCCCUGUUUCCAUCUUGAAUGCUUGGUUCGCAACUGAAGAAGUGUACUGGGCAAAACCGAUGCCCGACGACGUUAUGCGUGAAACGCUCGAACGGUCUCUCUGCUUUGGACUGUACUACGGAGUGGAUCAGCAGGAGAAAGCGCCUACAGAUAAAGGCUUUCGCGAACUAGAUUUCAUCGGUAUCGCGCGAUGCAUAACCGACUUCACAACAUUUAUCUACUUAACUGAUGUAUUCGUUCUUCCCACGCAUCAAGGUCACGGACUUGGAACAUGGCUCGUGAAAUGUGUUCAGGAAGUUGUUGAAAGUAUGCCUUAUCUAAGACGGUCUUUACUGUUCACGGAGGAUUGGAAGCGAUCUGUGCCUUUCUAUAAGAAGCUCAUGGGGGUGGAAGUCCACGAAUACAAGGCACCAUCUGAUGGCAAUGAAGGCGAAGGAUUAGCUGUAAUGAUGCGAAAGGGCAAAGGAAAUCCCAGUUACAAGGAGGAUAUCUGA